AUGGAGCUUGAACUUUCAGCAGUUAUUGGUUUUUCAGGAAAUGUAAUUCAGGGGCUUAUUCUUCACCCAGACAAUGAGCAUAUUAUAUAUCCUUUGGGUUCAACGAUUGUGGUCCGUCACAUUGUUUCUAGAGUUCAAACUUUCCUACGCGGGCAUGACCAGCGAGUAUCAUGUAUAACAAUUUCCAGAUCCGGCAACCUCAUAGCAAGUGGCCAACAAACUCAUAUGGGCUUUCAAGCACAAGCUAUUAUUUGGGACUUCAACACUAAACAGCCUCUUCAAACUAUCAAGCUCCACAAAGUGCUAGUUCAAUCUCUCCACUUUUCCCCAAAUGAACUUUAUUUAGCUUCUUUAGGAGGCCAAGAUGAUAAUAUGCUCGUUAUAUGAGAUGUCUCUACUGGAAAAGGCUUAUGUGGAAGCACUAUUGGCCAUGAGCCAGGUUUUGAAGUGAAGUUUUAUAAUAGUUCAGAUUCAAAACUUAUUACAGUGCAAAACUUAAUCGUGAAAAUCUGGGAUGCAGACUAUGUCAGCAAAAAAUUGAAUUUCCAAGCAGUAAAUUUGGGAAAUAUUAAAAGGCAGAUACUUAAUGUAGUUAUUCAUCCAAGUGACAGAUUUGCAUAUGUUGGUACGCGCACAGGAGAUAUUUUAGAGCUUAACUUAGAAAAUGCUUUAUAUAGAAGAGCCGGACCAGCUCGAAAACUGUUUUCUCAAGGGGUUCAGUGUAUGGCACUUUUGCCUAAUGGCGAUUUAUUAGUAGGUGCUGGAGACGGGACACUAGCUAAGCUAGGGAGCCAAAAUUUACAAGUAAAAGUCCAAGCUGAGGUGUUAGGUGGCCCAACUUCUAUAAGUCUGACUUCAGAUGCCACCCAUAUGUUUCUUGGGACUUCUCAGUCAAACAUUUAUUUCGUUGAUUCUGACGAACUUAAAGCAGAACUGCGAAACACUUGCCAUUAUGAAAGAAUAAAUGAUAUAGCUUUUCCUUUAAACUAUUCAGAAGUCUUCGCAACUUGCUCAAUCAAUGAUAUUCGUGUAUGGAAUGCUAGAAACCGCCAAGAACUUCUCAGAAUCCAGGUUCAAAAUUUAGAAUGUAACUGCAUUGGCUUCACUCCUGAUGGAAAAAGUAUCAUAAGUGGGUGAAAUGAUGGAAAAAUCAGAGCCUUUUUGCCUCAGUCCGGAAAAUUAUUAUAUGCUAUUAAUGAUGCUCACAGGCAUGGGGUCACUGCUAUUAUUUCAGCAAAUAACUCGACCAGAGUGUUAUCAGGUGGAAUUGAAGGAGAAGUCAGGAUUUGGAAAAUUGGGAAGCAAACCCAAACAAUGGAAUCUUCAAUGAAAGAACACAGAGGAAGAGUCUGGGCAAUCCAAAUUAACAGAAACAACGAUCUUGCUGUAACUGCCAGCUCUGAUGGAUCUUGCAUUGUGUGGGACUUAAGGUCAUUUUCGAGAGUAAUUUGUUUAUUUGAAAGCACAAUGUUUAAACAAGUCCUUUAUAACGCUGACGAAAGCCAAUUAUUGACAACAGGAUCUGACAGAAAAAUAACUUAUUGGGAUACAUUUGAUGGGCAAUCAAUAAGAAUGCUAGAUGGUUCUGAAGAAGGCGAAGUAAAUGCUUUAGCUAUAACGAGAGAAGGAGAUUAUUUUGUGUCUGGAGGAGAAGACCAAAGAGUCAAGUUUUGGAGCUAUGAUGAAGGAGUUAUUUUAUAUGAAGGAAUAGGACACUCUGGAAGCAUCAAUAAAAUUGCAUUUAGCCCAGACCAAAGAAGCAUUGUUACUGUUGGAGCUGAAGGAGCUAUAUUCAUGUGGAAUGUCCCAGAAACCCCUCAGCAAUAA